AUGGGUUAUCGUUUGUCGGCUAAUCUGUCAUCAACUAUUCGCAGCGUUGUUCCGUCUCAUUUUACUUGAGUUAAUUCAACUUUUUUCGAUCAUGUUUUUAUUUUGUUGUGUACUUCUAUGUACACGUUAGCAGACGAUAAUCGAAUCUCAUGCUUGCAACACCUGUCCCCAAUCGUAGAUUCUAUCACUUCUAAAACGCAAUUUCGCUCAAUUGGUUUCAGACUGACUUUUGGCUCGAUCGAGAUGACAACGUUAGGAGCGAGUAUCCGCUACAUCAGAGGAAUAUGCACAAGCAGUGUCCUAGGACGUGAAGUCCCCACGAAUUUAAAGGGUCGUAAAACUAGUUCACAGCUGUGGCUUCAUCGGCAACUCUCAGAUCCAUACGUGGAAAAGGCUAAGAUGGAGAAUUACAGAUGUAGAAGUGCUUUCAAACUCCUUGAACUUAAUCAAAAACACCUCAUACUAUCCCCAGGUAUGACGGUAGUCGAUUGCGGUGCAGCCCCUGGUAGUUGGUCACAAGUGGCUGUCCAUCUGACAAAUGCGAACGGGAUGAAAGCUGAAAGCCCCAAAGGGAAAGUAUUUGCAAUAGAUAGAUCACAAAUAUAUCCCAUUGACGGAGCAAUCGUAUUAGGUAAUAGCGAUUUCACAACUAAGGAGACACAGGAUAAGUUACGAGAACGUUUGGCUGGAGAAUUAGUUGAUGUCGUCUUAUCCGACAUGGCACCUAACGCUACUGGAGUCCGCAAUAUGGACCAUGAUAAUAUCGUAGCACUAGCCUACGCGGCACUUCAAUUUGCCUUAGAAGUGUCUAAGCUGGAUGCAUCAUUUGUUGCAAAAAUUUGGGAUGGCAGAGAAUCGAAAGAAAUAGAAAAUGAUCUAAAAAGAUUUUACAAAAACGUCAAGAUAUCUAGACCGGCAGCCACCAGAACGGAAUCUUCAGAGAAAUUUCUAGUUGCUAAGGGAUUCAAGGGAUUGAAAUACUAACAGGUCUUAGCGGUACUUGUUUAACUUAUCAGAAAAGCCUGAACUAGCUAUUCAAAUAUUAAUCCUAUCCGCUUUUAUAAGCAGUGCAAGAGGUAUAGGUACAAAACAGAAUCAAUCUCUUCGCUGCGUAUUGUAUGUACAAUUUUGUUUUUAAUAAAAUUAUUAACUGUAUAUGUACAAAAA